AUGGGUUCCGGUGACGUUAACCAGGCCGACAAGUCGGUCUUCGGCAUGCCCGGCUUCGUUGUCGACUUCCUUAUGGGUGGUGUUUCCGCCGCUGUCUCCAAGACCGCUGCUGCCCCCAUUGAGCGUAUCAAGCUCCUGAUCCAGAACCAGGAUGAGAUGCUCAAGGCCGGUCGUCUCGACCGCAAGUACAACGGUAUCGGUGACUGCUUCAAGCGCACCGCCGCCGCUGAGGGUGUCGUCUCUCUCUGGCGUGGAAACACUGCCAACGUCAUCCGUUACUUCCCCACCCAGGCUCUUAACUUUGCCUUCCGUGACACCUACAAGUCCAUGUUCGCCUACAAGAAGGACCGUGAUGGAUACACCAAGUGGAUGAUGGGUAACCUUGCCUCCGGUGGUGCCGCUGGUGCCACUUCUCUCCUCUUCGUCUACUCCCUGGACUACGCCCGUACCCGUCUCGCCAACGACGCCAAGUCCGCCAAGGGUACCGGUGAGCGCCAGUUCAACGGUCUCGUGGAUGUCUACCGCAAGACCCUCGCCUCCGACGGUCUCGCCGGUCUCUACCGUGGUUUCGGUCCUUCCGUUCUCGGAAUUGUCGUUUACCGUGGUCUCUACUUCGGAAUGUACGACUCCAUCAAGCCCGUUCUCCUUGUCGGUCCUCUUGAGGGCUCCUUCCUCGCCUCCUUCCUGCUCGGCUGGACCGUCACCACCGGUGCCGGUGUUGCCUCUUACCCCCUUGACACCGUCCGUCGCCGCAUGAUGAUGACCUCCGGUGAGGCCGUCAAGUACUCCUCCUCCAUGGAUGCUGCCCGCCAGAUCGUCGCCAAGGAGGGUGUCAAGUCUCUCUUCAAGGGUGCCGGUGCCAACAUCCUCCGUGGUGUUGCCGGUGCUGGUGUCCUGUCCAUCUACGACAAGGCUCAGCUCCUCCUCCUCGGCAAGAAGUUCUAA